UCCGCUACCAAUGCUAUCUUUUCCGAUCGCUUCCCUCACCCGCCAUCUUUAAGCUACAAAAACUCCAUGUCGAUCAAACCCUCACCGGCGCCGCCCAAUGGCUUCGAUCUGGAGCAAGAAUCAUUCGCGACACCAAACAACCAUCUCCUCUCAAACGAGCCGCAACAAGAGUACUCGGCCAUCUCCGGCGACAUCCAAGACGAAGAUUUUGACCUCGGGUCCUUUGACCUUAAACCUCCUCCUGCUCCAGAUUUCGUCCAAAAUGGCCUGGAGGUUCUCAUGGAUCGCGUGCACUCGACGGAUCAUUUAGACAUCAUCCUUUCGGACCCCAAAUUAUCCAUCAACUUCUUUCGAUUCGUCGAGAAUUAUCAUCCCGGCCACCUCGAAUCUAUCAAGCAGUACUCUUCAGCGCGAAAAGCCCUGGCUGCGUUGGACUUUGCCAAUGCUCUCGCGAGCCAAAUUCCCUCCACAUCGUCCAGUGCCCCAUAUAUAGCGGCCAAUCUCGAUCCACGAUUCGAAGCCAAAGUGCAACGCAUGACGGCAGAGGUGCUGGAGGAUGUACUGCCCGCGUACGUGACGUUUCGCUUGGUGCGAUUGGCGACGGACUCGUUGGUCAAGGAGAUUACGGGUACGGGUUCACCGGUGAUGAGGACCUUGAUUCCGGAUCUGGCGACGGUUUAUUGUAUUUCGGAUCCCAAUAUGCUGGACAAUCCGAUUGUCUAUGCUUCUGAGGAGUUCCAUUCAACAUCACUCUACUCCCCCUCUCAAGCCCUCAACCGCAACUGUCGCUUCCUCCAAGGUCCCAACACUUCCCCUGCUUCUGUCCGGCGACUCGUAGCAGCAAUUACAGCCGGCCAAGAACUCUGCGAGACCAUCCUCAAUUACCGCCGCGAUGGCUCUCCCUUCGUCAACCUCCUCAUGAUCGCGCCCCUCUACGACAACAAAGGCAAAGUCCGAUACUAUCUCGGUGCUCAAAUUGACGUCUCCGGUCUGAUCGAAGAAGGCAAAGGCCUAGAAUCCCUCGCUACCCUCCUCAGCCGCGACCAAGACGCGGACGGCAAAUCCAACAACGACCCAACAGCCCCAAAAGAUCCCGACGUCGCCCUCUCCGCCCUCGCCGCUCCCUCCGGCAACCACCUCUCCUCCAUGUCGUCCCGCGACCGCAGCACCGACCUCCUCUCCACACCCAACACCGCCCACUCCCGCAACAACCCGAAUUCCCGCCAACGCAUCGUCCUCACCGAACAACCCGAACCCCAACUCUACUCCGGCCCCAACCUAGGCCCCUCCGGUCGUCUCCCAGGCGUCUACCAAAACUACCUCCUCGUCCGGCCCUACCCCUCCCUCCGAAUUACUUUCCUCUCCCCCUCCCUCCGAAUCCCCGGCCUCCUACAAUCCGCCUUCCUGGACCGUAUCGCUGGCCCCGAAUCCAUCCGCGAGGGGUUGCUCGACGCUUUCUCUCGAGGCAUAGGCGUCACCGCCAAGAUCCUGUGGAACAGCUCUUCCUCGCCCAGAUGGAUCCACUGUACGCCUCUCAACGGCUCAGAUGGAAAAGUCGGAGUGUGGAUGGUAGUCAUGGUCGAAGACGAAAACGUCACAGGGGGCCUGAAGCGUACGGGGACGGUGGCGCCGGCGAUUAACCCUGCUCAAUCAAGAACGGUGGGGGAAGCCAUGGGUGACUCGCGGGGCAAAGGCGUGAGGGAAAGCGCUAGCGUGAGAGAUAUGGCGGAGAACAUGACGGCUGAUUCGAGACGGUUGUAUGCGGAGUAUUUGAGGGGUGGGAGUCGAGCCCGAGGGGGAGCAGGAGGUGCGCAACAAGAAACGGAUGCGGUGCCGGGUGCAACGGCGGUGAGCAGAGGGGCGGACGGGACGCCGACGACGACUACGCGUAUUCGGAACGUGAAAGAUGUUUUUCGGGGCUUCUGAAAGGAUGAAGGGUGUGACUUUCGGAGAAGAGGAGAGCUUGGGGUCGAAUGAUGGGUUGGGGCGUGGGCAAGAAUGGCGAGGACGUCAACGGCUCGGAGAGAAAUCGGGGCUUGACGAUAGGGCUCUCCUUCCCCCCACUGGACACGCAAGCGUGCUCGACUCGCCGGCCAGAUGAUGGUUUGCGUGUACGUUUAGGACGACGACCUUUUAGAAUUCUCUUCACGCACGGGAGAACGCUGUCGUCUAGACCGUAAAGCCGGGAGAUCGAGGAACAGAGUUCCUUGCAACGACAUGACCUCGUACAUCAACAUCGUCAUCCUCCAUGGUGCGGUACACGCCGCCUAAUGUAUGGGACGCAGAACAACAACAGCACAUG